UCCCUUUCCAAAAAUAUAUAUUCUUAAAGUUUUUUAGGCUGCAAAACAUAUAAUUCGUAAAAGUUUUUUGGAGCGCAGACGAAGAUUACAAUAUUAGGUUUAAAUACUGUAAUAAGUUUAAAUAUCUGUCGCGCAACCGGAAAUGCUCCAUCUCCGCGACUGCGGGAAAGAAUUUAUUUACAAAUGGCGACUAUUUUUUAGAAUUGGCUGUAAAAUGCUUUGAACUAACUAGAAAGUUUUAGAACAAUACGAUGGCUGGCAAUAUAGAGGAAGUUCACGAAUCACAAUUAAAAAAAUCUGCAGAAAAGUUAACAGAGGAAAUACAAAACAUGGUUAAUUAUAAAAAUCUUUAUAGUGAAAUUCAGAAACUCGUCGCCUCAACAGCAGUAAAACGAGAAGAUUUCAAAAAUACAUUGAUAGACGCGUUAAAAAAUAAUAGUUUGGAAACGGAAAUAAGGAAUACGGUAUUUCAUUGGGCAAGAUCACAGGGUUCUUUAAUUACAUCCGUACCAUCUACUGAGGAAGUUGAUUUGAGUUACCUGAAAAAAGCUCAAAUACAAUGGGAGCGCAGAAUACAAAAAUCAUUAAAUUCGACGUGCAACGAAUUAAACGUACCUUUAGCGCGUAUAAGACCCAGCAUUGAUCGAGACGAAUUUACUGAAAAAUGGAACGAAUUAAGCACUUACGAUAUCGAUUUGUCUCAAUAUAGACCUCUUUAUGCGCCAAAAGACUUUUUGGAUGUUCUACUUGCUAUAAGGAAUCCGUCUUUCAAGAAACAACCAGACGAAUUGAAUUGGGAAUUCAGUCACAUACAAAUCCGUGUGAAAACGCUUACUCAAUUGAGACGGCUAUAUGUAGAACUGGCUAGCGGAAUGCCAUUGCUGGGAGUCAAUCCUGAUAUGCCGAGUUCGGAAAACUUUGCAAAUCUAGAGGAGGAGAGAAUCCAUCUCGGUGAGAAAGUAUUAAAAACCAAUCAUGCUCCGAUCGCGCAAGAAUUUUUGAAACGUGGAGCGCCCAGAGGUCUCCGAGGACGUCUUUGGUCUCUCGUUUUGGGAACUGUAGUAAAAGAGAACGACGUGGAAUAUUACGAGGAAUUAAAGAACAUGGUGCUGCAAUAUGACAUCGUUAUAGAUAAAUUAAUAAUAAAGGAUGUACAAUUAACAGCACGAAACGAUGAUCAAUAUUUUGUAUUCGAAGACGUCUUAUAUAAAACAAUGUUAUGCUUCUCUCGCGACUCAGAAGUAUUAGCGCCAGUUACGACUGACAAAAGUGCAGGCGGCCAAGUAAUUCAUGCGGUAUUGCAAGGGAAACCAGCUACGUUGGAAAAUACGCUCGUAUUUCCACCAAGUGGUGUAAUUCCAUUUCACGGUUUUACCAUGUAUGCUACCCCGUUCUGUUAUCUAUACGACGAUUCUUGCGCGACAUAUUACACAUUUCGUGCUUUUUAUUUGAGAUAUUGGUUUCGAUUGCAUACCGUAUCCAGUCACGAACAAGGUAUCGUAGCAUUGUGUUUGCUUUUCGAACGAUUGUUGCAAUGCCACGAACCUCAGCUCUGGUUUCAUUUCAGAAACAUUCAUAUACAACCAGUCAAAGUUGUUUUUAAGUGGAUUAUGAGAGGUUUCAGUGGACAUUUGCCACCCGAACAAUUGUUGUACCUUUGGGACUUAAUUUUGGGUUAUGAUUCCUUAGAAAUUAUCUCACUACUCGCAGUUACUAUACUAAGCUUCCGAAAAGAAAAUUUGUUGCAAGUUAAUAAUCAACAAAGCGUGGAGGUAACAUUUUAUUCUUUAGAAAACAUUAUUUGUCUUGUACAUAUUGUAUAUUUUCAGGCGGUCUUAGCAGAUUUAUCUUCCCUAAAAAUUAUACCGCUAUUACAAUUGGCUCUGUUAAGAGAGUAAAUUUUUCAAUUUUAUAAAACAAGAUUUACCACGUGGUUCUGCAAUGUAAUUAAAUACCUUUGAAGUUUAAAUUCAAAAGGCUGGUAUUGUUCGAUUUAUGGUUGUUCUGACUGAAUCCACAUUUUAGUGAAUCGUUUUAUGAUUCAUAGAUUGCAGUGAAAGUCUCAAAUGCAAUUUGUGAAAGUGAUAAAAGAUGUUUGAUUUAAAAAUGAUAUACAAUUAGUAACAUUAUAAACAUUGUAAACGCUAAAUUAAUCACAGUUUUUUACGCAUAUAACUAGAAGGAAGACCAACUUGCAGCUGAUUUCGGAACGCAACCAUACAUGUACAGGGUGUUUUAAAAACACGAAUGUACAAUGUUCGCUG